AAACGGGGGGGGGGCUGUUCAGUUGCUGUCCGGUGUUUAGCGUUAGCGAGGUAGCAGCUAGGCUGUGCUGGUGCUGUGCAAGCAGCAGCUAAAAAGAUGCAAACAGCUACGGCUGUACACAAUUUAGAGGUUCCUGGAAGCUAGCGUUAGUUACCGUAUAUGUUUAACGUUAAUUCAGAGGGGGAAACUUGUGUUCCUGUGUGACAAGGACGCUAGCAGAAAUGGCCGGAAUUAUUAAAAAGCAAAUUUUGAAACAUUUGUCAAGGUUUACCAAGAAUCUUUCCCCGGACAAGAUCAAUGUCAGUACGUUGAAGGGGGAGGGGCAGCUGUCCAACCUCGAGCUUGAUGAAGAGGUGCUGCAGAACAUGCUGGACCUGCCUACCUGGCUUGCUGUCACCCGGGUCUACUGCAAUAAAGCCGCCAUCAGGAUACAAUGGACAAAGUUGAAAACAAGCCCCAUCUGUCUGUUUUUGGAUAAGGUAGAGGUAGAAAUGAGGACAUGUGAGGAGCCACGUCCACCUAAUGGCCCUUCUCCUAUAGCUAUUACAGCAGGCCAGAGCGAGUACGGCUUUGCAGAGAAAGUGGUGGAGGGCAUGUCUGUUAGGAUCAACUCCAUAACCAUCAAGGUGCAGGCUCGUGCCUUCCACGCCUCCUUCGAGCUCUGGCAGUUACAAGGCAACAGCCUCAACCCCAAAUGGCAACGCACGGACCUCCGCUACACUCGCGUCACCGACCCAAAGAGAGGAGAGGUGUUGACAUUCAAAGAAAUAAACUGGCAGAGCCUACGAAUCGAGGCGGACGCCAUUGAGAGUGACGACCAGGACCUCAGUAGCACCCCUUUACGCCUAAUCACCAACCAGGGUCGCAUUCGCAUCGCUCUCAAACGCAGAAUAAAGGACUGUAAUGUGCUGGCGUCCAAGCUGCUUUUCAUUCUGGACGACCUGUUGUGGGUGCUGACAGACUCUCAGCUCAAAGCCAUCAUACAUUACGCCAAAUCUCUCAGCGAGGCCAUGGAGAAGUCUGCCCAGCAGAGGAAGAGCAGCACUGCUGAAUCCCUACAGACUGCUCCUCCAUCGCCUGGCCUCCACAACCUUUGGACAGAGCCCCCACCUGCCCCCACUGGCACCCCCAGCAACGCCAGUCAAUACUUUGAUCUCUAUGAUGUAAAGGAGUCUUCUUACCACACCUUCAUAUCUCGGUUGGACUUACACAUAUGCAACGACAGUUCUUCAAUGGAUGAAGAUGAGGCUCCGCCAUCAGGCUUGCAAGGUGCCAUGCAGCUGACAUUCAGGAAGCUGGGUUUUGACUACUAUCCUGUCCACAGGCCUGCUGAUGGAUGUCGACACUGGGAACGCCACAGUGGAGCCAUGGAGGCACAGGCCCAGUGGGCUGGGAAACUGCUACAGGAGUACCAGAGGAGAGUAGAGGCUUCUGGAUUACCUGGGCCACAUACUGAGGGGCCCUCGCCAACUAAGGACUCUUCUGCAAAGACAGUGCAAGAUGGACAGUCUAGUCCCAAGUCCACCCCCUCUGACACAGAGCAGGCCUCCGGCAGGAACUCUGUCACAGCUCCUUCACGGUCAUCACUGAAGAGGCUGCGGUCUAGCUGUGUGGUGGUCAGGAUGGAUGAUGUGGACAUUCACCAGGUGUCUACCAGAGGCCGUCAAAACAAGAAGACCUGCUCUUUAAUCUCCUGCAACCGUAAAGCUCCGCGUUUGCCAGACAACGUACCAGCAGUUCAUCUGCAGUUCACUGAAUACUACUUUCCUGACAACCCCAGUUUUUCAGUGCCCACCUCAAACCUGUACGCCCAGCUGAAUGGCUUCCAGCUCUGUGUAGACCCAGCCAGCGUGCUGUGGAUCAAUCUGUUUUCCCGGGGUUUGCUGCACACCCUGGACCAAGUCAAAGCUUUCUACCACUUGCAAGACAGCAGCAGGGCUGAAGAGCAUGUGGACAUCCGCAUGGAUGCAGCUCAGCUCAAGUUAAUAAUCCCCUUGGAUUUUUCCAUAUUGGACCAUCCGGAGCGUCCACAGUCGCUCUCUGUUACGGUACCCCAAAUGGUUCUCAGCAACACCCGCCUCUGCCCUCAUGGCUUCAGAGCUGACCUGAGUAGCACCAUUGACAAGUUCGCCAGCUGCCCUUUCUUCCAGCACACACCUCCAUGCCCCUACCCCAGAGACCAUAGUGCCUUCCACCCCAUCCCCUCCACCUUCCUCCAGCACUCUCAAGAGACAGCGCCCCAACCUCUGGACAGAAAGCAGCUACGAUCACAGGAUGUCUGGUCUCUCAGUCUGUCCUGUGUGACCCUAGGUUUUGAUGGAGCUCGGCGGUUCCCCAAAGGCAAAACCCAACCUUUUGUUGAGCCCUUUGGAAUGUCUGUUUGGAUGUGCCAGCACUCUGUCUUCAAAAAUGGAUCAUCGUCUUCCUCCUCUAGUCCCAGCAGAGCCCACCAGCCUUCUUCAGAGCAGGAAGAGGCUUCGCUUGCCUCUAUCCACUUCUUGGCUCACACCAUCACUCCAGUGAAGCUGUGGCUCAACCACUACCAGUAUGUUGCCCUGCUGAGGAUGAAGGAUGCCAUGGCUCGGUUGGGGGCAGAGUUGGGCAGGGAUCUACGCGAUGUUAAGCAGGCUCACGGCCAAAAGUCAAAACCUGCUACAGUUAACCUUUCUCUUCUGGUGGACUCUGCAGAAUUGGGUCUUCUGUUGCCACCAGUGUGCACAGAUCCUGAGGAAGAAAUUCCCCACACCCCAGAGACAGACAGCCCCAGCAUAACAGACUCUGACAUCUCCCCGACUCACUCUCCAGUCCCGGAGAACAGAGAGUUAGAAAAUGGCAUCUCCUCGACCAAUACUGUUAAUGUGUUUGGUCAGGAUGAACAAGAUGGGGUGGUGGAGGAGGCAUGUGAGGCUGUGGAGGAGGGGUUGGAGGGGGAUGGUUUGACAGUACAGGAGGACACGUCUAUCCUCUCCCCUCCACUCUCGCCUGGACACUCCCCUGCCCUCUCCCGCGAACCCUCCAACUUUAGCCUGGAGGGAGAACUAUCAAGCGCCAUCACUGUCACCAAGGAUGUGACCAAAGAUGCCAUUAGUGCCUCGCUGGACCUGACCAAAGGGGCGUUUUCAAUAACAAAGGAUGCCUUUAGCAUGCUGAGUCGUGGAUCAGGGAUGAGCAAAUUGUUCAGUCCGCAGACAAAGGAACAGGUCCAGCGUUCAGAACAGUCCUCCCCCUCUCUGGCUGCCAGCCUACGCCACCAAUCCAUGAAGCAGUCGCCUUCCCAGCAUUCCUUUGAUAGUGCUAUCUUGGAUGGCAGCCUGCCUGACGAAUAUCUCUCUGUGGAUAGUGAUGUCAGCGACAACUUUGUUGUUCUCAUGGACUCAGAGUCAGGUAUGGAGUCCAUGCGCCCCAACAACACUCCUGCGGGCAGUCGAGGCAGCCCAGCCCCAGGGACAGAGGGAGGUUCUUUAGCGGACCUCAGCAGCUCUCUGUCCCAAAGUAUUGAGGAUGUAUCUCAGGAUAUGUCCUCGGUGUUGCUGCUGAUCCUGAGCGGAACAGCUUGUACCAUGGAAGUAAAGGGAGAAGACCAAGUUGUGGCUGUAGAAGUCCAGAAUCUGAGUCCUGUGCAGAUGGGCAAUGUCAGGGUGUCAGAUUUGCUGGCUGGCCUCGUACCAGCCCCAGUCGGACCAGUCCAGACGCAAGGUACCAGAGGCUCUCCAGUAGUGUGCAUGCGAGCAGAAACGGGUCCCUCUGCAGUCCGACACUCCGCUCUAGCAGAGUCUUUGGGCUUCCUGGACAUGAGAGUGCAAGACUGCAAGGCAGAGUUGUUAGCCUCAACAGUGGCCAACAUUGGUCCUUUUCUGGAAGACGAGUUCAGUGCUGACAGUCAGCCAAUGAAGUUACACAUGAGAAACAUCACCAUCAUUAUGAAGGAUGAUAGCCCUAAAAUCUACCCUACAGCCCCUCAAUCUGUCCCAGCCUCAUUCAUUGUAGAUCAGCCUCUUGAGCGCUGUAACGAUGGCAUCAUGAGGCUCAAAGCUGAAGGGACAGACCCUAAAGGCUCAGCAGGUGGUACUGUGGCUGGUCCGGACAACCCAAACCACCAGAGACAAACCCCGGAGUCCCAGCUCUCUGAUGCCCUGGCUGCUCUCACCCAGGCCCUCAGCGACAGAGAACGCCUCCUUCUGGAAGUCAGGAAGCAUGACCCCACAUUCACUCUCUGAGCCUUAUCUGUCUUUCCCCUCUGAACCUACAGCAUCAUGAUGGGAUGCAUCAGGCUGAAUGUCAGGAACCAGCGAGACUCAGUAGAAGCAUGUCUGGACUUUGGACAUGUUUGGAAAGAAAGUGAAUCCAAGUUGUGGCUUUGGCUCACUUCCCACUAUAUCACACUGUUCAUUAGAUUACAAACGAGCCCCUAUAACAAUUACUAACAGGGAAACGUGUGAAUUAACGUAUAGCUACAUUAAUGGUACUACUUUUUAACUGGCAGUCUAGAUAUUCCUCACUGCUGUACUACUACACCAAUUACGUUUUUUUUCCUCACCGAAAUCAGUGUACAGUAAAUGUAUUGUGUAGUUUCAGUGUUUGACACACAGCAUGCAAGAGUAAAUAUCAAGCUUUAAUUCUGUCCAGUUAAUGAUUUGUGUUAACGGAAACAUUAAGUUGAGCACUUGCCAAAACCUCCUCUCCACAUGCACGGACACUGCCAGACAGCUGCUAGUCCAUGAGUCGCUCCCUCUACAAAAACCCAACUUAUGUUGAGCAUGCUUUGUGAACAGUGCUAGUUUACACGUAGCACAUUUACAGAUAGACUGUCAUAAAGCUAAAUAUACGUAGUAAUGUAGAUUACUUGCGUACAGCGUGUUCUUUUUUUUUUCUCUUUCAUUUACGAAAAGUAUUAUGACAAUAUCAGCUGUUAUUUGUUGAAAAUGUGUUGUGAAAGGUAGGAAAAAACAUUGCACUUUUUUUUUUUUUUUGGAAACAUAUCACUGCUUUCACUGAGAAGUGGGUGCACUUCCACCUUGCUUUAUCACCAAGGUGGAAUGGUUACACACUGAAGUUCUCAAAAAGCAGGUUGAAUCAUCAGUGUUCUUAGUCCUUGCGUUGUGAAAAGUUGAUCCUGCUUCUUUUGUACUGUGAAACAAUGUGCUCUGUGGUUGAAUGUCAACUCGAGACGACUCGCCUCUUGUUCUCUCCCUCGGCUGUGGAGAGCAGGGUGCACAGUAGCUUCAGUAUUGUAACUGGGUUAGUCUUUUUACUUUAACUUUGGUUUAAAGAGGUUAGGGAUUACACCAGCUACCCGAGUUAUAAUACCUGAUCUCCUUAAAACCUUUGUAGCUUGCCAGGAAACAACUCCGACUGCUAGUGUUAUUACCUCUGUGCACAUUUAUCAUGUAAAGUAUAAUGGUCAUGAACUUAUUUGUUUAUUUAUUUAGAUUUUUCAAAGUGUGUUUUGAGUUUUGUUAGACCAGUUACUUUACAGUGUACUGAAGCCAUAUCAAUCAAAGAAAAUUACAUUUAAAAAAAAAAAAUGUGGUACUAAUAUUGUAUGCACACAGUGGGAUGUAAACCAAAAUUCACCACAAAAACUGAGAUUUCUCAGUGUGUCUAAUUCUGAUCUGCUGCAGAUUUUAUCUGUCAGGCAAGUUGCCAAUUCAAAUUUCUGUCACUUUCCUUGUUUUAUGCAUAAAUCAUGCAUUGAUUCAAACAAUGAAUUUAUUUAAUCAGCUACAUUUUCAGCACAAAUGUUCUAUUGUUAAACCAUUGGUUUAGCAUUUUGCCUGUGGAGGUAUGGUUAUCUAUUCCAAUGGUUGCAAAAGCUGUCACAGCCACCUUUCACCAUUCACCAUUUUCCCACUGUGUGCGUGGGAGACCCCUGGUGGCCAAGCAUUCCCCGGUCAAAAUGUUCUUUUCUUUUUUAACUUUGGUUGCCUUGCAAGCUAUGGAUGACAAAUUUACAUUUUUAAAGAGGAAUGUAAAAUAUUUAAGCAAUAGAAAGGCCGCUUUGGUUUAACCAAAAAAAAGUGACAGCGGUAACACUACACAUUAUUGAUGUGGAAUUCUUCAAUUUUUAUGAUUAUUAAUGUCAAAGAAAAAUGAUUCACCUGCCUAGCAGUUUGUUUUCCCAUCAACUGCAUGUAUACUUAACACAUCCUAAUAUCCGUGUAAUAAAAUAGAGAUACUGCCCUCUAACAGUGUAACUUAUAGCUGUGAUCUUAUCAGCUUUUGAUGUUUUUGUUUUUGCAUGGCCUUAGAAGACACAUGUACACUGAUACAAAAGUAUACUUCCUUUGCUGGAUGCAACAUGUAGCUGUAUGGUUUACCCAGUUUUCUUCUCCUCUGUCGGGGCCUAAAUGUUAAGUAGCAUCCCUAUUCUGCUGACAAACUGGUGCUCUGAAUUCCAUCUGCUCAUUACCUUUGUUAAUAACCAUGCAAAAAGGAGAUGAAGAGUGUAGCGAGAUUCACUUCAACCUGACAAUUUGUUGCCACUGAGGGCAGAUGCAUGUACUGGUACUGAAGUGAUGUUGCAUAGUUAAUGCCUCGUGAAUCACUUGCACUUGUGUGAGAAACUCACUGGAAAUUGCACUUGUUUUGAUGUAAUUCAGUAUUUUUGUCAGUUGUGUAGUUACAUUGAAUUUUGUAUUGUCUUUAUCACUUCAUUGAGGCUAAUAUAACAUUGGUUCUGUGAACCAAAGCUAGUAUGUUGAAAAUAUUUUAAAAGUAAAAUAAAUGACUAAUUGCUGAACACAUUUGCGUUGUGCCUUUAAGUUUUCAU